UUGUUACCCAGUACUUUGACAGAGUUGUUGUUUGAUGCCAAGUUUAACCAACCACUCACUCCUGGAUCACUACCUCAACCUCUCUUGGAAUUGGCAUUCGAACAACAUUCAGUGUUCAAUCAUCCUAUCCCACCAAAUACACUACCAACGACAUUAACUUCAUUAUCUUUCGGAUCAGCGUUCCAACAACCUUUACAACAAAGCGUGCUCCCUCCCUCUUUGACAUCAUUGAUGUUUGGUGAAGAGUACAAACAGAGCAUCACACCUGGAAUACUACCAACAUCACUUCUAAAGUUAUCAUUGGGCCGCAACGAGUUGACUCCUCGUGUACUACCAGACUCACUCACUUAUCUUGUCCUAAGUGAGAGUUUCAAGGGUGGCAUUGCGAAUGGAUCUUUGCCACAAUCACUCACCUCACUAAAUCUAGGAGGAUACAACAAGAAGAUCACAACAUCAUUGCUCCCUCAAUCACUCAAGACGCUCAUCUUUGGCAAAUGGUACAACAAACCAUUGGACCAUGGUGUUGUACCUUCAUCUGUAACCAGGUUGGCAAUUGGCCAAUCACACAGUCAGCCCAAGGACAAGGUUGGAUGGCCAGCCAGUCUCAGACACCUCACGCUUGGCACAUUCAAACAUUUUAGAUAUGAAGGUGCCCUUCCAACACCAGUUCGAUCAAUUGGUAUUAGGGAAUUUCUGUUUCCAGAUCACAAGUUGUCACUAUCAUUAGAGAUGGAGUUGGAUGAGUUGUAUGUAACAUGCUUCCAUCCAACCGAUUUCAAUCAAGUCAUUGGGUCAAUCAAACUAUUGAUAAAGUAUGUACCCAAUGUUGGAACAUAUCAUCUAAUGACAAUGGAUCGAGAUUUAAUACAUAUUCGAAGAUAUGAUGACCGAAAUGCAAUAUGCAUUCAUCAAUCAGGCAUCGAUUACAUACAUGGAUACUUUGGAAGACUUACAUCUCCAGAAGUUCAUGCCUUUGGAUUCUGCCAACCAGGUAACCCCAACACCAUCUACACCUCCAUGUUGUUCCUUGACCUC